CAGCAGCAGCAGCAGCAGCAGCAGCAGCGGGGGGGCUGCUGCAGCAGGAGGCGGCGGAGUGUCUAGACACCUCGCUGUUCGUGGAAGGCUCUGUCUUCGUCAAACUCUGCCGCAACGGCCGAAUGAAGCGGCGGCUGAUUCGGGUGAAUGCAGAGCACUCUUUGCUGCUGUGGGGCGCCCCCAGCAGCAGCAGCAGCAGCAGCAGCAGCAGCAGCAGCAGCGAGGAGGCGCGCGGCGCGGCGAACUGCCUGCCGCUGGAGCAGCUGGUGGACAUCACCGUGGGGUGUCUGUACACCACAGCUCGCAAGUUUGAUCUCGAUGAUGAGAUGGAAGCCCGCUGUGUCAGUCUUCAGUUUAUUUCUCGGAGAUUGGAUUUAUUUGCUGCUGACUUAUCGAGUUCAACAUUUUCCCGCUGGAUAGCCUUUUUCCACCAGAAGGUGGCGCAGCAGCAGCAGCAGCAGCAGCAGCGGCUGCUGCAGCAGCAGCAGCAGAUGAGCCUGCAGAAGCGGCUGCUGCUGCUCAGCGAAGGCCGCGCUCGCAGAGAAGCAGCAGCAGCAAAAAUGCUGGACCUUUGGAGAGAUGAAGUGCUGCCUUUUUGGGACAGCAGCUGGUCUUGCGAAGCAGUUCCCGUUGCAGUGCCGCAGCGGCCUUCUCCGCUGGCAGCAUUUGUGGCAGUUGCUGCAGCAGCAGCAGCAGCAGCAGCGCGCCUGCCCCGCGUGCUGCUCAUCAAGCAGCUCAACCGCAGCUACCGCCUCCCGCUGCUGCAGCAGCAGCAGCAGCAGCAGCCCCGCGCUGCGCGCUGCGCUGCUGCGCUGCUGCGCCUCCGCCGCCGCGCACGCAGCACCGCCCUCCUUGCUGCUGCUGCUGCUCGUGCUGCAGCGCAGCAGCUCAAACGCCUUGCUGCGCUUCCUGCUGCUCUCGGCGCCUGCAGCGCCUCCCUUUCCCGCUGCAGCAGACAGCACCCCGCUGCUGCUGCUGCUGCUGCUGCUGCGCCUGCGGACGGCAGCGCGCGGAGCUGCUGCUGCAGCUGCUGCAGCAGCCGCCGCAGCCGCAGCAGCAGCCGCCGCCGCUUCCCCUUGAAGCCGGCAGCAGGCAGCAGCUGCCGCGGCGCGGCGGGCUGCUGCUGCCGCAGCAGCAGCAGCAGCAGCAGAGCCUGCGGGGCGUCGCUGGGGGCCCCCGCGCGGGCGGCGGGCCGCGCCCGCGGGGCCCCCGCCCCCGGGGGGGCCCCCCGGGGGGGCCCCCCG